AUGGUCCUCACAGUUGCAAUCAUUGGGGGCGGCAUCGCCGGGCUCAGUGUGGCUAUUGCUCUCAGGCAGCUUCCUGGUGUCGAUAUUCAAGUGUACGAAAGAGCUAAAGAGUUCAAAGAACUGGGUGCUCUUAUCGGACUAGCUCCUAAUGGACUGAGAACUUUGGAGAAGUUAGGGGUGGAAGAUGUUCUUACGGACGAAGUUGGUUGGAGAAGCCCGAAUGGAGUUCCUAUGUGCUUCAAACACUUCAAGACAGGCGAUGUGUUAAGCAUCGACUACAAUCAUAACGUGCCAGAUAGACGCCAUCAAUUUGCUCGAAUGCACCGUGCUAGUCUCCAAAAGGCCCUUUUGAAGAAUCUUCCACCAAGCAUUCUUCACACCGGUAAAAAAGUAUUCAUAGUGAGGACCAAUGAUGAUGGUGCUACAGUCGACUUUGAAGAUGGUACCUCCGUGACAGCUGACCUCGUAAUCGGGGCCGAUGGAAUCAAAUCGAAAGUUCGAGAAUCUUUCAUCAAAAACCACAAGCUUAGCUCCUCGGGCGACGCGAUCUUCCGAACCACAUUUCCUUACGACUUAGUGUCAGAUCUCCCUGGACUUGAGCAGAACUCAACUCAUUAUGACUUUUACUCUCCGAUCCCCUCAAUCAUUGAUAGAAUCCCCGAAGGUACUUUGAGAAGGUACACGAAUGUGGCUGGCGAAGCCCUUUCUCACUGGACCUUUGGAAAUCGCGUUGCCUUGAUCGGUGAUGCAGCCCAUACGCAUGGUGGUGCGUAUGCAGCAGGGGCGUCAUUAGCAGUUGAUGACGCAUACGUGCUCUACCUUUCGCUACGAACCAUACUUCAGGGAGGAGAUCAAGAACAGGAGAAACUAUCAACUACACGCAUUGGAGAAGCACUUGCCCUUUAUGAAGCAACUCGCCGCCCCCAUCUGGAAAGAGUGUUGAAGGAAGUGCACAUCAGCCGGAAGGGCCAAGCUGCCCGAUUUGCAAAGAUCCGGGAGGAGGGUGUUCCAGAGUCAGACGCCUCAUUUAGGAAGAGACUAGCUUCAAAGGGUGAUCCAGUCUGGCUAAAUGAACACGAUGCAGAGGGGCAGUUUAACAAGAUAUAUAGCAGCUCAUCCAAUUCACAAGCUAGUGUGGAUGAAGUGCGCCCCAAGCUCUAA